CAAAAGAGUGUGCUAUUUUGACAUUGAUUUUGCUUGUGGACUUUUUAGCUCGCAAACUUUCCAGCUCUAGUAUUUUAUAUUAAAAUAAGUUAGGAAAUGUUGUGUCGCGGUGUCAUGAGGGUCGUUCGACCUUGUGCUAUGGGCUUGUGGUCCAGUCUCAAGCUGAAGGACAACAGGGUGUGUCACAGGACACCAGUCAGCGUCCGCCACUGCAGCAGCAGCGAAGAGGAGAAAAUCAGCCGCUAUCCUGUGCCUUACAAGAAAAACCUGCCCUAUGACAUUGUGGAACUGAUGGAGGAGGUUGAGAUGAAGGGUGGCUUCCUGCCAAACGUAUUCAAGGUCCUUGCUCACCGACCCGCCGAGUUCCGAGCUUUCUUCGCUUAUUAUAAUUUGCUCAUGAACAAAGAGACUGGAGGUUUGUCGAAGGCAGAUCGGGAGUUGAUUGUGGUGGCAACCAGCGCCUUUAAUAACUGCCUGUACUGCGUCGUAUCGCACAGUGCACUACACCGUAUCUACUCUAAGAAGCCCAAGCUAGCUGAUCAGGUGGCAGUGAAUUAUAAAGUUGCAGAGCUUACUGCACGGGAGCGAGCCAUGCUGGACUUUGCCCUGAUUGUGUGUCGCAGUGAGACAGUAACAGACGAGCACUUCAGCUCACUCGAGGCUCAAGGAUUUGAUCGCGAGGAUAUCUGGGACAUCGCUUCCAUCGCCGCCUUCUUUGCCUUGUCCAACCGCAUGGCGCACCUCACAGACAUGAGACCCAACACAGAGUUCUACAACUUGGGCAGAGUGCCUCGAGACAAACGUCCACCAGGCACAGAGAACGACAGGUCAUAGAGCAAAGUAGUGGUAGAGUAGACAUGUGAAUGAAAUAUCAUCCUCACCAUACCUGAAGAGAUUUCCAUGAUAAACGAUACAUCACAUUAUUUAGGUUUGUUACAGAAUUGCGAGCCAAACCAGGGGCUGAAUGGUAUUUUUAUUGAACUGAUAACUUAUUCAACCAAUAAACUGAAUCAUUUAGUAGUACAUUUGGUCAAAUCUAAAAAAUUUGUUUGUAGGUGGUGUUGGUCAAUGUUCUAAAAGGAUCUAUAAGAGCGUAUUAUGAUAUUCAUUUCUUGUGGUAUUGAUAUAACAUUAAACCAUUAGCCUUAGAGCAGAGGUUCUACAGACGUGAAACUAGGUCUAAUCCUUUUCUCUUAAAUUGCUCAUAGUUUAUCGGCCAAUUGGCGCAACCAGAUACAUGCGUAUUGUGGAUUUUAUAUCCCUGACCCUAAAAAAAUGAGCUGUGAAAUGUUAUGAAUGGGGUCAUUUUUCAGUCUGUCAAAAUCUUAAGCCCUGUUCAGAUGGGAUUAGUUUCACAAGGGCAGGUGGGGGUUAUGUAAUCACUACUGGUGUAUCUCUGGAAUCCAAGUCCAUCAUUGCACCUCUAGAUUAUCAUUUUUUUUAGUAAAGUUGUGUGUAAAUAUUUGUAUAAGUCAAACUGAACAAAAAAGUUUUGGAAACGCAGAUUUUCUUAGUACUUGCGUGUAGAUAGUAUGUCGAUCACCCAUAAAGUGUAAAACACGUUCCUGACAGAGCUCAUGUGCAUUUAUUGACGCCCACAAAACUCCAUAAAAGGUCAAUUGCACAGACGGCUGGGAGCACGAAAUGAAUGAUGAGGGUAAAGGCUGAAAAACUGAAGUUAUUUUGACUCACGAAAUAUUUGAUAAUUAUAUAAUAUAAAUAAUAAUAUGUGAGCGCUAAAUCUUCCAUCCAUUUGUUUAGGGCUGUAUGCAGACAGACUGGCCCGUCUUCUGUUUAUACGGUGCCAUUUCUUUUGUCAUAAUCGAAUGAUAAAUUUACACACGCUCAGGAGCACGAGUAGGAUCCGAACGUUUUUUUGGGGUUUUUUUUGUUUGUUUUUUUGUUUUUUUUUAACGAAUUUACAAGAUUUUCAUGGAAACCAAAUUUCUUGUGUAAACACUUGUACGAACGAUUUCUGAAUAAAUUCGUUCUUAUCCAGCUUGAUAAAUGAGGCCCAAUGUCAGGAAUUGGAAAGAUUACACCAUCUUAUACCUAGUAUCAAAUGAGCAGUAUAAAUAACCCCAGGUAAUAUACAGUAUAUCCCUUCGAAACUGAUAUGUUGGUAAAAAUUCUGUUUUUACCAACAACAAAAAAAAGAGGUUUUGCACUUUAAAGAUACUCCAGAAAGUGCUCUUUUGUAUUUUCUCCCACCAAAACCAAACCAAAACCAAGUACUGGCCUCGUUUAAUGCUAUAAAAUAUCAACAGCAUUUAAAAGGACUUUAGAAGUGAGGUCUUCUUCUAAUAAUAAUAAUAAUAAUAAUAAUAAUAACUAUUAUUAUAAUUAUUAUUAUAAUUAUUGUUGUUAUUAUUAUUAUUAUUAUUAUUAUUAUUAUUAUUAUUAUUAUUAUCAUCCGGUCUGAAUAGUACUUUGUUCUGUCUGUCUCUCCUGCUAAUUCCUGCUAAGCAAGGGCUUCUGGGUGCUGUAGGUUUUUAUGUAAUACUGAUCCAAACAGAUGAUGCAACAGAUUUCAGGUGACUUAAGAUAAAGUUUUAUAAUCCCCAAGGGAGUACAUGUUUUACAUUUUUAUAACAUUGUUAACCCAAUGUAUUUUUCUAAACUGUGUUUCUUCUUAAACUGAGCAGAUUUGUGGGUUUAGACAUAAAAACGUAGUCCAAAUGUUACAUUUUAUGGCCUACUCUAAUAUCUUUCAGGAUGUUUUGCUUAAAAAAGACAUUCACAUCGACACAUGUUCUAGAAAUAGCUGUGUAUUAUUAGAAUUGUUUCACUCAACCAAAACUAAAGGAUCUGGCUUUAUAAAACUAGUAAUGUUUAGACAAAGGAGAGGAUCUGAUGUGUACUGGAUUAAACAAAUACUCUGAAAUAUAUAUGUGAAAUAUAUAUUACAUUUUAUAUCUGAAUAAAACGUAAUACAUUAUUAA